AUGACUGUUUAAUGAUGUCAACUCAGCAAAGUGGAAGCAAAAUGGGAGUGAUUUUUGUUGAUUUUUAACUUUGUAUUUUUGUGUAAAUAAAGCCGCUGAGAAUGCAAAAUCUUACGUAAAAUUGUGCUUGGAGCUAUGUUGCAAGAGGUUAUAAAUUAGUUCGCCCUUGAAGAAUCCGUUUUCACGGUGAAAUUAGGAAGGAAAAUUUUCGGUGGAAGACGGGAGUGUUUUUUUUUCUUUUCGCUGGUUGAAGAAAGUCUGGAAAAAUGUAUUUUUCUAUCGGUUGGCCUCGAGUGAUAAAUUGCAAUUACAAAAACAUCCGGAAGAUUGUCUGCGACCGGGUAAAGAUUCUCUUCACAAUUCUCACGGAUGACACGCUAGCAAUUUGGUACACCAAGCCCUGCGUUCCGAUAGCAGCGAAGGUACGAAGUGCGGAAUGUUUGGAAAAGUACGGACCAAACACCACCGUCGAGUGGAAACCGGACUCGAGCAUGCUGCUGGUGGUCACGGCCAACGGAACCCUCUUCAUGUACACACUGAUUGUGAGCGACACGCCAAAGGGUGUGUACAACCAGACCGACUCACCGUACUCGAAUCUGCGCCGUGACAGUGCGGAAUUGUUCCUCAAGGAGACCAUUCCAUCGCUGAGACUUUCGCUGACGCACCAGCUAUCUCUGUACGUUCCGAUCUCGUGCAUUUCCUGCAUCAACGUCUCUCAGAUCAUGGUCGCCACGAAGAAUGGCCGCGUGAUACGACUCAGCUGGAGCGGGGUCGAAGAGCGGGACUAUGCCCUGGAUUUGAAGCGUAUACCGUUCAGUAUUAACCAGCAAGUCAGCUACGCUGUACCAAUUCUCGAGAGCAAUACCUACAUCAACUCAAUUGAUUAUUCACCACUGCUUUGUGGCUUUGCAAUCACUCUGAACGAUGGUCGGGCAGCGUUUUUGACGGCUGGAAAUACCAAGUUUGAUCCUAAUCAAGUGCAGGGCAUUUGGUGCCAAAACGUGGACGACGCGACCUGUGCCGUGAUCAACCACAAGUAUCGGCUGAUCGGCUUCGGGAGGCGUAACUCCCAGGCCAACAUGUACGUAAUUGACGAUCUGACCGGUGGUCUGGAGCUGUCCCAUCGGUUGAUACUGAGCGCGAAGGACUUUCCCGGUUCGCCGGGCCACGUUAGCGAGCUCAAGUGGACGCCGGACGGGUGCGCCAUCAUGUUGGCCUGGAGUAACGGGGGAAUCUCGCUGUGGAGUACGUUUGGUUCGCUGUUGAUGUGUUCGCUGGGCUGGGACUACGGGCUGCAUGUUGACUUGUUGAAGAAUAACCCUUUUAAUAUUAUUAGUAUGGACUGGUCUACCGAAGGCUACCAACUGUUUAUGAUACGUCAAUUAAACGAAAUAAUUCCAUCCGAAACCACUAGUGCUAACAAUCUAGAUAAGUCCGCCUCCUCUACGUCGCUGGCCUCUGUCAGUCCCAAUACUUCCGCGUCCAGCACUGGCAAGGAGGUCAGCGAAGCUGUACAUAAGCCAACCCUGAAACGCUGCAACAGUUCGGGCACGAGAACGAUGCUCAUCCAGCUGGAUUUUGUGAAAAGCAUUUUGACGAUUAAUCCGUGCAUGAGUUACAAUUCCUAUUUACUGCUACAAGGUGACGAUAAGCUGUACAUCAACCACGGAGACGUUCUGCAGAACAUUUACCACAGCACCAAUGCGUACGCAAACGAGAGCGAAGCGAACGGAUAUGGCAGAAAUCCGCAGUACACUGGUUUAUCCAAAGAAGAUUUGGAAUACAUGCGAAACGAGAACGACGACAACGCCGAGAAGUACGUCCAGGUCAACAGCGUACUGUCGGAGAGCAAGCACUGGGUAGUUUUGAAUCUCCCCACGGCGUACACAGCGUCCAACUGGCCUGUUCGAUACAGCGCGAUUGACUUUCUGGGCACGAACGUGGCCGUGGCGGGCCGCACUGGAGUGGCACUGUACUCGUUCAACACCCGCAAGUGGAAGCUGUUCGGGAACGAAACCCAGGAGAAGGACUUUGUCGUGACCGGUGGGCUGCUCUGGUGGAACGAGUUUGUGAUUAUGGGAUGCUACUCAUUGAUUGGGUUUCACGAUGAGUUGCGAAUCUACUCCAAGGAAAAUAAGUUGGACAAUCGCUUCGCCAGUAUUACCAAGAUGAACGCUCCGGUAAUGUUGAUAAACCUAUUCAAAGAUCAACUGAUUGUAUUCACUGCUGAUGGCCACGUGACUAUAUUCUCCCUGCUGAAAGACGACAACCAUCAAAUCGAGCUGGAAAAGAUGCACAUUUACGACAUCAAGAACGUUUGCAUCCAUCCGGCCUGUGUAAUUUCGGUGUUGAUGACAAACUUGCGCAACGAGGUUGGCACCAAGAGCAGUUACGACAACACCCUAUCCGAAACGCUGAUUUUGAACGUGUCCGGCCGGGUGUUGAUGGUUCAGACCGAUUACAUCGGGAACGCCACCUCGCAGCUAGCGUCGACCUGUUUGGCCUCGUCGGUGGAGUGCAUCUGGGUGUCGGACUCGAACAAAACUCACAUCAAAGAAUCUCUUUGGUUGUACUGCGGUGGCCACGGAAUGCGCGUUUGGUUGCCGGUGUUUCCACGGAAUGGCGAAACUGGAACGCGCAGCCAUCGGCACACUUUCAUGAGCAAGAGGAUCAUGUUGUCGUUUACGCUGAAGAUUUAUCCGCUGGUGAUAUUGUUUGAGGACGCGAUCAUUCUCGGAGCGGAGAAUGAUACGGUUUUGUACACCAGCGAUCCAACGGUUUAUUUUUCGAUGCCGUACAGCGCGCUUAAGCGAACGAGUCAAGUCUAUCUCCAUCAAAUUCUGCGCCAACUAAUCCGCCGAAAUCUGGGCUACAAUGCGUGGGAAAUUGCACGAACUUGUACGGCUCUUCCGUAUUUCCCUCACUCGCUGGAGCUGCUUCUACAUGAAGUGCUCGAGGAGGAAGCCACCAGCAAGGAUCCGAUCCCGGACGCACUUUUGCCCAGCGUUCUGGAGUUUAUUCAGGAGUUUCCCGUUUAUCUCGAGACGGUAGUCCAGUGCGCUCGGAAAACGGAGAUCGCGCUUUGGCCGUAUCUUUUCUCCAGCGCCGGCAAGCCGAAGGAACUGUUCCAGCAGUGCAUGGCUUCAAAGCAACUGCAAACAGCGGCUAGCUACUUGAUCAUCCUCCAGAAUCUGGAACCAUCGGCCGUAAGUCGCCAGUAUGCAACCCUACUGCUGGACACGGCGCUGGAGCAACGCAAUUGGCCUCUGGCCAAAGACUUGGUGCGCUUCCUGCGCGCAAUCGAUCCCAACGACGUGGAAUCCCCAAGGUCGUCGUACGUGUUUGGUAACAAGUUUGGCAUGAAUGCGGCUGGACCGCCCGUCUCGCCGAACGCCGAAGAUUUGAGUCUCAUCCUGGGAAGCAGCAUGACCCGCGGGCGAAGCUUCUCCACCACGGUCAAUCCCAAAACGGUCGAACCGGUCAACAAUGCAACGAUUGUGAACAAGGAAAAGAAUAUCAUAUUCAGCAACUCGACCAGCAGCCCCGUCGACACCACCCUAGUACAAAAACGAAAGAAAAGUGUGCCAAAUACUCCUAAGGAAAAAGACUCCAGUGCAGAGGACUUUUUCAUUGACGUGAUUCUGCAGAGGCAUGCGCGUCGGUUUCUACAGAUGAAAAAACUGGAAGAUCUGGGCCGCAUGAGUGCCACGUUGGACUUCCAUCUGGUGGGUUGGCUCACGCGGGAAAAGGAUCGUGCCGCCCGGAUCGAGGACUUUGUGACGGCCUUGAAGGCGUUGCACGACGAGUUGGACUGGCAAAAGCCGUGCUUGGAUUUGAACCUGAUCAGUGGAACCUGCUUGAACCAGCCGGAAUCUCCCGCGUCCAAUAUUUCCAACAAGUCCACAUUUGAUACUGCUCAACGGACGGAAGAUUCCGGCUAUAACAGUUUGUCGAUGAACAGAAUUCCGGAGGGAGCGAUUGUUGAGAGUUCGACGGAUGUUAAAACCGCGAGAGAUCCGCUGACCAAUGUCACCGGAGAAGAAAUCGUCCCGGGAGAAAGUCUACCCUACAUCGACACGAAGGAAGCAAAUCUGUCCCCGUUGAAUGAUAACAUUAGCGUGCGGUCAGACCACGUUAUAGCCAACUGGGCGGAAGAUGGAUGCAGCUCGUUGAAUCAGGAAAUCGAAGAUAGUUUCAACAGAGCGAUGGAAAAUAUUUCCAAAAACAACGGCAGCUCCAAGAGAGAGCAACACAAGCUGGAAAUCAAGAUGCGUUAUUUGUUACAAAUUUUUACCGAAGCAAAUUGUUACGAAUUCUCGCUGUUGUUGUCCGUUUUACUGCUGGAUGUGGCAUCGGUGUGUAGAAUAACAAAUGCUGCGAUCCGAUCGAAAUCAUUGGUUGUGUGCCGUCAACUUCGGAACGGUCUCAAGGAUAUGACCAGGUGGAGCUUUAACGAGUGUCUGGGAUAUCGGCCGUUUAUGAUUGCGCUGCAGCCGCAACUGUCCGUACUCGACAAGUUUGUGAUCCAACAGGAGGCAAUCCCAUCGCUCACCGCGACAACCAACACCAGUGUGCAAUACAAGCUUCCUCCCGGCCAGAACAGCACGGAUUUGAGUGCGAUACCGGAAGCAGCAACGGGACCGGUUCAUUCAACUAACCCAGAUCCUGCAGUUCGUGGCCACCACCCGCAGAUAGCAACCGACAAGGUUGAUGGACGGGCGAGGCACUUGCUGGAGAAAAAGAGCAAUACCUUGUUGGAAAUAAGCUACAACAAGCGUGAUAGACUGGCCAGCGUUGGCAGUACGGGUAACAGUGCAAGCACCAGCACCUCCGCCUCCAAUAUUCCGAGGCACCCGGGUGGAUUUGUGCGGUCCGUUUCGGAUUUGGAGGUAGAGAAUAUUAGAAAGAUGGCAGCGGGAAAGAGCAGCGACCGAAGUUCCGUUGCAGCAAUGUCCAUUAACGAGGAGUCGUCCGAACAAGGUUCGGGAUGCGUACUGAUGUAAAACCAAGUUUAAUAAAAAUAAUCUAUUCAGUUUAGUUACAAUUAUAUUUAUUCGUAAUUUUUAACAAAGAUGAUAGCUCACUGUUUACAAUUCCACUCACAAACUGUACUCAUAUUUGAAACACGGUGAAAUAUACUUAUUAACUAAU